GCACGGAACAGCAAUAUCACAAUCCUCUCUCGCUAGCCAACACACCUUUCCAACCAUCACGACUCUACCGAGAGAUCAAACAGACACUCGGCAUCAUGCCCAUCACAGAGGGAGCACCAAUUCACGGAAAUCCAGCCCAUCUGCUGCCACCUUCAUGGAAGAAGUCAAUUACUCUUUGGCUUGAGGAGGAUACCCCGAGCUUCGACUACGGCGGUUUCGUGGUGGGAGAUGGCCCAGCUGAAGCGCGUCUGCUUGCAAAGAGCUUUGGUAUCGUGGCAGGCGUGCCAUUCUUCGAAGAAGUCUUCAAGCAAUUAGACUGCACCGUGGAAUGGUUCGUGAAGGAAGGAGAUGAGGUCGGUAAAGAGAAGAAACAACACGUGGCGACAGUCCGAGGGCCAGUGCGCUGUCUGCUUCUGGGCGAGCGAGUGGCAUUGAACUUGCUGGCAAGGUGUUCAGGUGUAGCAACGAAGUCGCAUUCUUUGCUCCAGUUGCUGCGGAACGCAGGAUACAAGAACAUCCUGGCUGGCACACGAAAAACUACCCCAGGCUUCCGACUGGUUGAGAAGUAUGGCAUGCUGGUAGGAGGAUGCGACCAGCACAGGCACGAUUUGAGCACCAUGACCAUGCUCAAGGACAACCAUAUCUGGGCAUGUGGUGGUUCGAUACCAACAGCAGUUGCGGCCGCGAAAGCAGCAGGAGGCUUUGCAGUGAAGGUGGAAGUGGAGUGUCAGUCUGAAGAGGAAGCGAAUACAGCGAUCGAGGCCGGCGCUGACGUGGUGAUGCUUGACAACUUCACGCCAGAGGGUGUUCGCGUAGCAUCGAAGAACCUCAAGGACAAGUGGGGUAGAGGUGUCAACGCCCGUGCCCUGGUCGAAGUCUCAGGCGGGUUGACGGAAGACAAUGUUGCGGACUACGUUUGCGAUGACAUUGAUAUCAUCAGCUCGUCGAGCAUCCACCAGGGAGUGAAGCACAUCGACUUCUCGCUCAAGGUCAUACCGAAAGGGACGUCGACUGGAAAGCCGGUUGAGGGUUAGCUGACCAAGAUCGGAUGGGCUUUUUGGUGCAUGUGCAUGCCUUGCUAUUGCAUAGGAGUGCGAGUGCGGCUCCGACUCGAAUAGGGCUACCUCAAGCUACAAGACUUACCGAUGCUACAAUAUGGACGAAGAUGUAGUAGUCGGCGAACCACUCGGCAGAGGAGGUGUUCCCGUCGCGAUAAGAAUGGUUUUGCAAGAUCUCAUCGUGUCGCUCCCAAGAGUGAUGGUCAAGUGACCAUAAGGUGACUGCAGAGGCUUCCGUCGAUGGUCGUGCUUGAUGGUUCUCACUGGCUUCAUCGUCUUGACGCGUGAUUAGCAAGACAAGAUCUGUGCUCUUUCACAACCACAGUGACACGGAAUAGCAAGACCGAGUCGCAGGAAAUUGCCAACGUCUACUCAAAGAAAGCCGAAAUAUACCAGGUACCUAGCAGAGCGAGCUGUAGCAACGAAACAACUUGGAAGACG